AUGCAGCUGUUGACGCCACAACUUGAGCGUAGGUCGGCAAAAUGGCGCCAGGUCAUCGAGCCCUCUCCCGUUGCUUCAAGCUCAUCAGUAACAUUGGAGGUGCUCUCCUCCGCUUUACCUUGCUCGAGCUCGUUGCGGCCCAUCCCAGUAUAUGGCACCCCAGUUGUGAUUGGGGGUUCUUCAUCCUCCAGCAUCCCAGUUAAUGGAGCAACAUUGACCAUUGUGUUUCCCCACGCUUCUGCUUCCUCAAGUUCACCUGAUUCUGAGUCUGAUUCCAUCCCUGGGUCACAGAAUCGUCCUGCUGAAGUCCCUGGGUCGUUCUCAUCCGCAAAUCCCAGUUCCUCGAGUGGGCUCGACCCAGACGCAACGGGCUCAGCAUCAGAACACAUAUUUUCGUUCACCCUCAUUCCUCCUGGAUUCCCUUUGCCGCAUUCACCUAGCGUUUCUACAGCUACCUCAACAGCUGCCGGUCGCUUGGUUGCUCCUGACACACUCUCUCCCAUUCCAACUACAUCUUCGCUUUCCACCCGUAGCAAGACCGCCUCGAAUGUCAUCUCGUUCAGCCUCAACUCAUAUGGUCAGAAUGGGAUCGCGACUUCUACGGGCGCUUCUCCCACUGAAAGUGACCCAGCUUCGGGGAACUCGAUCUCCCAGUCGUCUCACCCCAAACGCAAGGUGGCUGGCGCCGCUGUCGGAGCGAUAUUUGCUCUUGUCUUGGGAACUAUUCUCGCCGUGUGGGCUUACCGUCGUUGGUCCCAUGGCCGAGCUAGACUCUCCAAGACAUGGAUUUCUUCGCCCUUGCUGCAUGACGCAUCAGACUUCCCUGAUGAUGCAUAUUCUCCAGUAAACAAACGGCGUUCACGUACAUCUGCCACCCCUAGAAUGACCCAAGUGGAGCCGCGUCUACUGAGCGAAGGGUUUUUGGGCCGUCCAGUUUCGCUCCAUGCACGUGAUGGUGAAAUGGCAUCAGCGAAUGAUCCAAACUCUCAUCUUGACGCUGAUACAUGGAGCACUCCGACGGAGCCGCCUGCGGUACAAACCACAGAUAGCGAUGUCGCGGUGGCCCCGUGGUUGGCCUCAGAUGCCAAUGACAGCACCAGCAAACUACCGCCGACUCAACCGCUCCGUAUCAGCGCCAAGGGCUUCAUGCGCCGAAUUCGUGGCCGACCGUCGAUGGGGCGGGCCACCCGGGGCCUGAUGACCAGCCUUUCUCCCGUGCCAGAGAGCCCAAUAUCGACCCCUGCGAUGAGCAUUGUCACCAGUAUGCACCGACAUCCCGUAGACCUGAACGACAGCGACAAUGGCUCUGUCUCUGUCAGAGAGACUGAUAGCAACUGGAGUGGAGAUGCUUCUAGUCUGAGACACGAGCCGGGUUCUAAGCCAGCUCAUUUUCCGCCAUGGAUUCGUCGCACGAUUGGUAACAGUACCUCUGGUUAG